ACAGCUUUGUUAGAUUGGAUUGUUGUCUCAGGACGUACAUAACAAGGUUGAAAUAUUAGACAGCCAAAUGCCACUGUUUAUGAUUAGCGAGUACUCAUCAGCGAGGUAGAUGUUACAGUCACUGCCUCAGCUGGAAAACCAGUCGUUUUAUUACGAAUAUUGAUGUCUCUUGGCAAGCGAUCAGUAUUUCCUAUGUAUAAGAACCAAAGCGGUGUAUAGUUGUUGUUAGCUAGCUAGGUAACUAGCCACAUAGCUGGUUAUGUAUUUUUGAUUGAUCUAAAUGACCAGCUAGCUUGCUAGCUGAUGUUCUUGUUUGUCUAGAUGUUUACUUUUUGUGCCUCUGAAAACUGUUGAAAGACAUUGCCUCGAAAUCUUACUGCUAACCCCUAAAACAACGCGACAGUUAGCUAGUUGGCUAACGAGCUUCGACUUGCAGAAGGAUGAGCAGAAAACACCAUCAUUUUAAAGGAGCCGAAGUUAGUUGCUGUGUGAAAUAUUUUUUAUUUGGAUUCAACAUAAUAUUUUGGUUGCUUGGAGCUGCGUUUUUGGGCAUCGGUCUCUGGGCAUGGGCAGAAAAGGGAGUCCUGUCAAAUAUCUCUUCCAUUACCGACCUGGGCGGCUUUGAUCCAGUAUGGCUCUUCAUCGUUGUGGGAGGGGUGAUGUUCAUUCUGGGCUUUGCCGGGUGCAUCGGCGCUCUUCGAGAAAACACGCUCCUGCUCAAAUUUUUUUCUGUUUUUCUAGGACUCAUCUUCUUCCUGGAACUGACGGCAGGCAUUCUAGCUUUCGUGUUUAAGGACUGGAUCAAAGAUCAAUUGAACUUCUUCAUCAACAACAAUGUCAAAGCAUACAGGGACGACAUUGACCUUCAGAACCUUAUUGAUUUUGCCCAAGAAUAUUGGUCAUGUUGCGGUGCUCAUGGCCCCAAUGACUGGAACCUCAAUAUGUAUUUUAACUGCACUGAGCUGAACCCAAGCAGAGAACGCUGUGGAGUGCCCUUCUCCUGCUGUGUCAAAGAUCCUGCUGAGGAUGUCAUAAACACACAGUGUGGGUAUGACGUGCGACUGCAGGUGGUGAAUGGAGAAAUGGAGCAGCAAAGGUCCAUCUACACCAAAGGUUGUGUGGGCCAGUUUGAGAAGUGGCUUCAGGACAAUUUGAUUGUUGUUGCUGGGAUCUUUGUGGGCAUUGCACUAUUACAGAUCUUUGGGAUCUGUUUGGCUCAGAACCUGGUGAGUGACAUCAAAGCAGUGAAGGCGAACUGGUGACUUGAAGCUAUUGUGAUGAGGCGACCUCGACCUCAACCUUGACCUGUGGUCUAACCCUGUGGUUCAGGUCCACUCCGAGACCUGCCGACCCUAAGAGCACUGUUUACAAUAUAAAACAGCUCUUGUUUCAUUCAUACAGGAGCUGUCUUCAGACACUUUCAGAGGCAGAGUUUUUCUUCUCCGUAAUUCUAUUUUUCUUUCUUUCUUUCUUUCUUUCUUUCUUUCUUUCUUUCUUUCUCUUUUUUCUUUUCUCCACCUUUUGGGACCCUGUUCUUUGUGAGAGCUCUUACUCCGCUGGGAGAAUCUUCAGAACGAACAGAGGGCUUUUACUUAUUCCCUCUCGCCCUUCAUCUCAAACUGAGUCCCCCACUCAUCCUAGUCCCAACGAUGUCUUUCAGACGAUGCUGUUAUGGUCUUGUCUCUAGAUAACCAUCAUCAAAUACAUCCUCUGCCUAAUUUCAGAAGAGGUGUUUUCCAGGACAUAAUUGCCAUACGCCCCUGUGGAAAGACUGUCAGACUCUAGUGCAGUGAAACACUAUCCAACCACAAAGACACUUCACCUUUAUUGGCAAGGAAGGCUUCUCUGGAGACGGAUAAAUAUUAAUGGCCACAUCACAAUGCAUGUCGACGGCUUUUUACGCAAUGUUGGGAGAAACUUUUGUUUGUAUGUUUUGUUCUGUCUGUCCAUCUUUUGCCUUGGCUGACAGGCAAAUUAUUGGCUCUGGUGUUGUCUCUGUUGCACAGAGAUUGCAAAGCUGGAGGUAUUUUACUUGAUAAUGACACUUAUGCAUUUGUUUUGUCCAACCACUAUACUUUGGAAGAUGGAAAUUGUAUAUUAUGAAAAUGUAUUAGUUAUUUUUUUUUUUUGCCUCUUUAUUUUUGGUCCUUUCCAUUUUUUUUCUCUUUGGGGGAGGAGUAGAUAUUCUAUUUAACUUUGCCAUAUCUGUGCUUUAGGAACUUUUUUUUUUUUUUCCAUUUUCAGUUUUAUUUUUUUAACAGGAUGACACUAAUAGUAGUAAUGUCUGUAAUAAUACUACAGAGUUUUAUAUGAA